UACUACACUUUCAUCUGUUUACUCUAAUUUUAGAAAAAUGAUAAAUAUAAUUCAAAAUAUUUCAUGCAAUUUUUCUGACAAAAUUCAAACUUGUAUUGAGGCAUGGUGGAAUUAUGUUUAUCAUAUAAUUAUGAUGGUUUCUUACAUGCUUGAUCUGCGAUUUUUAGAAGAAAGCAGAAUUUAUAAUAUAGAGGCUAUAGGAUAUAAUACAUUUACAACAUUUACAACUCAAAAAUUUAGACAAGAAAAGACUGUAGAAUUAUUCAUUGAAAUUGUUAAAUUUCGAAACAAAAGUUCUCCAUAUGAUGAUGAUAUUAUUUGGGAAUUCGCAGUUAAACUUAAUUCAGCAUUGUGGUGGAAAUCAUGGCCAGAUAGUAGUUUCAAACAACUAGCAAUCAAAGUUCUUAAAAUUCUAACUUUAUCUGCUACAGCUGAACAGAAUUUUUCUACAUUUGGUUUUAUUCACAUAAAUAACAAGACUAACAUUAGAAUUAAUAACAAGACAAGUCAAGAAAUUAAUCAAGAAAUUUAUAACAAAGAUCAAGAAGUAGAAGAUAUAAUUUAUGAAGAAGGAUUUUGUGAAAGUAUUGAAGAAAUUGAACAAAUUUAUUCAUCUGAUAUUGAUAAUACUUCAACGAUGGAAUUGGAAUUAUUAAAUAACUAUUGA